AUGAAUAAUGAUGAUAUUGUUUCGAAUAUUAUUUCAUUAAUUCAUUCAACAACAAAAUCAAAUUAUAUUAUUUGUUCACAACUUUCAUCAAAAAUAUUUUCUUAUUUAUCACAAACUCAUCUAAAAGAUAAUCAAUGGAAUGAAUUAAAUAAAGCUAUUGAACGCUUUGAGCAAAGUAUUGAUCAUCCUGAUCUUCAGCAAUUUCGACAUUUAAUUGAAACAAUAAGUACUUGUUCAAAUGAUUGUGAAGAACGAAAUUAUACAUUAGGACGUGAUAGAAAUACACUUAAUGAUUCGGUUAAUCAAUUACGAAAUUUAUUAAAAUCUCAUGUUGAUCUUCAUUGUUUUUUACUUGUUAAAUUAAUUGAACAACAAACUAUUCGGUCAUAUCUGAUUGAUGUUAUGAAUUUAGCUGGGAUGAAUGUUGGAAAUCAAACUCAUGGUAUUCUAUGUGAUAUUGUUCAACUUCUAUGUCAAAUUGAUCCAACAUUUGCCACUUCAAAUGUAAUCGAUCAUCCUAUUCUAUUAAAUUGUAUUCAAAUUAUUCAAACAAAUGUUAAUAAUAUUUAUUCGACAGGUGGUUAA